CUUCCGUCCCUGUUAUUUGGUUUUGCUGUUCGAUUGUCUGUCUUGUGCUCCCUUGUGUCCAUCUUUCUGGCUACCACUGAGGUAGGGCGGAUCGUGAUCAUAAUGUGGCCUUCGUUUUCCUCUAAUAUAUUGGGCCUGGCUCUCCUGCCAUUGGCCCUGGCCUCCCCCUUCCAGAAGAGAGCCAGUGGUCCGUGGAUGGCACUGGACACAGACUUCCCCGAUCCCAGCUUUGUUGGAACUCCCGAUGGCACCUGGUACGCAUUUGGUACCAACGGCAAUGGAAAAAGAGUUCAGGUUGCGAGUUCGUCAGAUUUCCAGAAGUGGACUCUGUUAGACAAAGAGGCUCUACCGACGCUGGGUGGAUGGGAGACAGAUGUUAACCAUUGGGCCCCCCACGUGAUCAUGCGAAACGAUGGCAAAUAUGUCAUGUACUAUUCCGGAGAGGCCAAGUCGGACACAGGACACCACUGCGUCGGCGCAGCCGUCUCUCAAGGGACAGAUCCUUCCGGUCCAUACAUCCCUCAACCGAACCCUUUCGCCUGUAACCUGGACAAGGGUGGCUCAAUUGAUCCUGCCGGUUUCCUGGACAGCGACGGAACUCGCUACGUCGUCUACAAGGUUGAUGGCAACAGUAUCGGCAAUGGGGGAGACUGUAACAACGGCGUUGCGCCCAUCAAGCCGACUCCGAUCAUGCUGCAGAAGGUCAAAGAAGAUGGUGUCACUCCCGUUGGAGAUCCAGUUCAGAUCCUCGACCGCGACAGCAGCGACGGACCUCUAGUUGAGGCUCCCAACUUGAUCCUGCAUCAAGGCACCUACUUCCUCUUCUACUCGACUCACUGCUUCACGGAUCCCAAAUACGACGUGCGCUAUGCCACAGCAACGUCCAUCACCGGUCCCUACACCAAGACGAACACGCAAUUGCUUAAGACCGGCGAAUUUGGCAUGACUUCCCCUGGCGGAGGAACAGUCUCCGGUGCUGGAGAUAAAUUGGUCUUGCAUAGUUUCUGCGAGCCGAACGUGCGAUGCGCAUACGCUGCGAAUAUAUCCAUCAAGGGCAAAACGGUUACAGUGCUGUAAAUGAUUCGCACUACAUCCGUGUCUCUCCUACGAUCAUUAUAUAUAUACACCGUCGGCACGCUGCGACAUCUUCAUUUCCUACUGUGAUUUCUAUUGAGCGAUAUACCUUUUUUUGACUAGGAUGGGUUUGGAAUAUAUCGCGGCAUUGGAUAGGCGUUUUUGGAAAUAUCGGGCUGUGGAAUAAUUAACCACUGUAUUAAUGUUUACAUCUAGUUGAGUCGUCAAAAAAAGUACAGUACAGCCGCAAUCAUAUCUGAACCUCCUUCCCUCCAUAAACUAUCUGUUCUUCAGCCCUUCUACUAAAUACAAUCUCUCGGCAAGAAUUUCAUUGUUUACAUCCAGACACCCUCCAGAUAAUACCACUACUAUACUC